ACACUGAGGGCAGAGACACCCCAGCUGUUUUGAGGCCACAUCCUGUUUAUUUACUGUAACGUUCCUUCAGUGCAAAGGCGGUGAAACGUUACUCUAGUGUGGUUUGGAUCGAGUGUGUAACGUUAGGAGGACCAGACUGAAAUGAUAUAAGACAGGAACUCUCCUCGUGGCCUCAGUUCCUGUCAGCACCGCCAUGUCGUGCCGGGACAUCCACGCCACCAACGCUUUUGCCUUCAUCCUUGCCUUUGUGUCUUUGGGAGGGAUUGCUGUGGCAGCGUUCAUCCCACAGUGGCGUGUAACCAGACUCGUCACCUUCAAUCGUAAUGCCAAGAAUAUCAGCGUGUAUGAUGGGCUGUGGGCUAAAUGUGUGAAACAGGAUGGCUAUUCAGGAUGUUACUACUAUGAUUCAGAGUGGUACUCUAAAGUGGACCAGCUGGAUCUGCGGCUACUGCAGUUCUGUCUGCCUACAGGCCUGCUGUUCGGCUCUCUAGCCUUGCUGCUGUGCAUGGCAGGAAUGUGUAAGACCUGCUGCUGCUCAGACAAGCCUGAACCGGACAUUAAGACCAUUAGAUUCCUGGUCAACAAUGCAGGCUGUCACCUGGUGGCUGGGAUGUUCUUGUUCCUGGGUGGAGCUAUCGCCAUCGCACCCUCAGUGUGGUUCCUGUUCCGCACCAAGGAAAUGAACAUCAGAUAUGACAACAUUUUCUCAGACGGCUUUGCUGUUUAUGUAUCUAUAGGCUGCUCUGGAGGACUGAUGCUGGCCGCCCUGCUGAUGUUCAUGUGGUACUGUAUGUGUAAAAAGCUGCCUUCACCCUUCUGGUUGCCUCUGCCCUCCAUGACGACUUCUCUGUCCACCCAGCCUCUCACUGCCAACGGAUAUCCUCCUUCCCCAGUUUAUGGUCCUCAGCCUUUCCCACCACAGACCUAUCCUCCCACAGUGAUUGAUGCCCAGCCAUAUGUGACCUCCCAGGGCUACGUGCAAAGUGUGGUUGCCCCUGCACCGCCACAGGUGUACAUGUCUCAGGUUUCUGCUCCAGAUGGGUAUGGUUCAGAGGUGGGAGGGACCCAGGCCUACAGCUAUGCACCUUCGCAGAGCUAUGCACCCUCACAGAGCUACGCACCCUCACAGAGCUACGCACCCUCACAGAGCUACGCACCCUCUCAGGGCUACGCAGGCCACCGCUACUCCUCCCGCUCAAGGAUGUCUGCCAUAGAGAUCGACAUUCCCGUGCUGACACAGGAACAGUAAGAGAAGAGAGGCUUCUGUCCAUGAACCUCCAUGAAGUUCACCACUGAUAAAACUAAUAGAGUAUGAUAGAUGAAAGUUAAUAAUAUGAGAGCUAUUUACAGCCCCUAGAGUGAUUCAGUCAGUCAGUCCAGGUCUGUAAUUUGCUGAUUAUUGAAGAUGAAACCCAGUUAAAAGAACUCUGCGUUUACUAUAUGAAGGAUGAUAUUUUCUUUAUAAAGAAGAUCACUGGUGCAAACAAUGCCUAACAUACAGAAAGCCAGCUCAACCAACUAGCCUUUUUCACUAUUUUACCAGCAGAGAAGGACCACUAAACAAUAGCUCCUAACUUGCUGAAGUGUCCAGUGGACCAACUUACUAGCUAAAAGUAAAUAGUUACUAGCAUUUGUGAUGUUGCUGAAUAUAAAUUACCACUAUUGAUUUUCUAUUAAAGAUGCCCUGAUGAUGGCUGCCAAAACGCUAGUGCCAGCUAGUCAGCAAAGUUAUAUUUUUCUGUUACAUUUGUAAAUGUUGGUCACUUUUGCCUAUGUAAAGCUUACAGUAUGAAAGUCUUUUUUUAUCACUACUGAACAUUACUUUAAAUUCUGUGAUUCUGAAUGGACAACUACUAACUGACUCACCUGUUAAUUUUGUGUUUGUUGUGUAUCAUGAAUUGUUAAUGUCACAUUGCCCUGUAAAGAGCCACUGUUAAAGUUUUUAAUGCACUAAUUAUGUGAAUACUGUGCCAGUUUACAUUGCCUUUGUUCACUGACUUUGUUAAAGCCUGGAGUAUUUUCUAACAUAUUAGUUAAUCAAUAUUAUAGAAUACUUUUCCAAAGUGUUAAUUUAAAGAAAUUUGUUAGCCGUGUUAAAUUUAAUGUAUAGUUGCAGAUUUCAUUAAAAUUUUGAACUGUAAUGUUAAAAACAGAAAUGAGCAUACUGUUCUUCUGAACAUGUCCGCUGAUGAUUAAAACUUACUUAGCUGGAAGUGUAACGUUGUUCAGUGGUGGUGGUAGUACUUGUGACUAAGCCAAUUUUAACGUACAAUUUAAAUCUUGCCUUUUGCAUGUUUUGCGUUUGACCACUGAUCAACAUUUCUACAAAGUCUUAUGUGCUCAUCAUGUUAUUCUACAAUUUUGAUGUCCCAUGUUUUUCUACACUGGUCUUUUUUGUUAUUAAAACAUAAGUCACAAUGUA